CCAGGUUUACUAGCUAAAAAGGCCAUUGAGGUAGGCCUGUCUGUUAAACCCUACAUUAAGACCAGCCUGUCACCCGGAAGUGGGAUGGUGACAUAUUACUUGAAUGCCAGUGGUGUACUGCCUUAUCUGCACAGUCUUGGGUUUGAAGUUAUUGGCUAUGGCUGUGCGACCUGUGUUGGGAAUACUGCUCCCUUGCCAGAGUCAGUUGUUGCUGGUAUCCAAAAGGGUGACCUUGUGGCAUGUGGAGUUCUUUCUGGAAAUAAGAAUUUUGAGGGUCGCUUCUGUGACUGUGUUCGAGCCAACUACCUCGCCUCUCCUCCAUUAGUUGUAGCAUAUGCCAUUGCUGGCACAGUUAACAUUGACUUUGAAAAGGAGCCUUUAGGUGUAAAUUUUGACGGGAAGGAAAUCUACCUGCGUGAUAUUUGGCCCAGCAGGGAAGAAAUCCAUCAGGUGGAGGAACAAAAAGUGAUCCCAUCCAUGUUUCAAGAACUAAGAGUAAAAAUAGAGGUUGGUCAAGUCAUGGCUGAACUACUCAGGUCAGGUGAAAAUCCAAGAGACCCUGGUUAUAUAGGAACAAGGAGCAGAAAUGUGCCAUUCAACCACUUGAGCUUGCUCUAUCAUUUAACAAAAUCCUGGCUAAUCUGAUUGUGAUCUGAAUCUAAAUGCCCACCUCUUAUUUUUGAUCCUUGCAUGAAUGGAAGCAGCUUUUGCCCUACCUACUGUGUCCAGACUCCUCAUGAUUUUUAAUGCCUCAAUCAAGUCUUCUCUCAAACGUUAAAGGUGUGGAUGGUGAAGAAUUUGUUAAAUGUGUUCAAGAAAAUUUUCUUUAUCAAUAUGUAAAUUGGAUCCCCUAAUAAGACAGGGCAAGUGACUGAAGUGAUGGUAGGGGAACACUAUGGAUCGAGUGAUCAUAAUGCAAUUUGUUUUAAAAUAGUUAUGGAAAAAGAUAAACCUUUCAUGAAAAUUAAAACUUUUAACUGGAGAAAGGCAAAUAUUAAUAGUAUGUGUCAAGAACUUUCAAAAAUUGAUUGGAGUGGGCUGUUCACAGGUAAAGGGACAUCUGAUAAAUGGGAGCUUUCAAAAGUGUG